GGGACACUCUGGGACAUGAUGGGACAUGGUGGGACACCCCUGGGACAUGGCGUGUCCCUGUUCGGCCUGGCCGCCCUCCUGCUCCCGGAGUCCUUCCCCCAUUACCUGGCCCAGGUGAGGGCCCUGAGCCUCGGCCCCGCCCUGCUCUGCUCUGCCAAGUUCCUGCUGGCAUUCCCGCUCUCCUACCACACCUGGAACGGCAUCCGGCACCUGGCCUGGGACCUGGGCAAGGGGCUGCGGCUGCCGCAGGUCACCCAGUCGGGGGUGGCGGUGCUGGCGCUGUCCCUGCUCUCCUCCGCCGCCCUCGCCGCCCUCUGAGCGCCCGCCGGGAAUGCCGGGAAUCCUGGGAAUGCCGCGCCGGCCCCGCCCCACCCUCCCGGAGCGCCGGGGAAGGCGGCGCUUCCUUCCCCCGUAAAAUCCCUGGAACGGCCGGAGCUGCUUUUCCUGCCCUCUCCCAGCGCGCCAGGGGCUGUCCCCGCCUGUCCCCACCUUGGGGACAAUGGUGGCUCUGUGUCCCCGGGGCCACGGGAUUGGGAACGUGAGUGGGAGCAGCACAAGGAGCCCCAUUGAGGGGAGCCGGGAGGGGGUGGGGGACAGGUGACACCGCCCCGAUCCUCCGUCCCUGCCCCUCAUCCCCGAAAAUCCCGCAGUUCAGCCACUUUGGGAGCGAAAAUUCCCAGUUUGUCCAUUGGGAAGCGUUUUUUUUUCCUGCCCCUCAUCCUUGAAAAUCCCACAGUUCAGCCACUUUUGGAGCCCCUGCGAGUGAAAAUUCCCAUUUUUUUCCCUGUUGGGAAGCGGUUUUUCCUGUCCCCCCUGGAAUAAAGCAGCUCUGACCCUCCA